AACAGUUGUAAUUUGUUACUAUGACACUACUGCAUCAAUCAGUGUUAUUUUCAUAUGUUAUUUAAACUCAGUGCUUGAAAAGUACGAAAAUAUCAUUUUUUUAACAGCUGUGUUGAAAGAUUACAAAACAUUUAAAUCAUGAUUGUUUUUGGUCACAAGAAAAUUCUUAGUGGAGUUUCAUCAAAAUAAGUGUGUUAUUCUAAAGCAUUUUGUAUCUAAAUUCUCAGUUCUCACAUAUUUACAUUACAAUUUAAACAUCGACAAGAGAUAAACAAUUAUUUUUGUUGUAUGCUGGACAACACUGAACAUUUAUGGGAAGGUUUGGAAUAGUUUAGGGUAAGCAAACGACAUAAACCUAUUUCUCAAUGAUGAAAUGCAACAUUUUAUUGCUUGUUCAGCAAUAGGCAACACAGCAUGCCAUCUCUAAAAGGUUAAGGUAGGAAAACCUAUUUGUUUUUUAGCAAUUUUAAAUGCUUAUUGGAAUGAAAUUUCAAAAUUGAUCGAAACUUAAAACCUUUAUUCCAUCUGGACUUCUUAUCAAUCAUUUAAUGGUAGAGUUUUUGAAACAAUUUUAUAAAAUUCGAAGAGCAAACCAUUCAAUGAGCAACUGCAAAGACAUGUUGAGAAAUAAAAACAACAUUUAAUUAAGAAUCUUUGAGGAACAUCACCUAAUUAACAACAUAUUCAAAGAACAAGCACGAACAAUUUGAGAAACUUUUAAGCAACAAUUAAAGACAAAAAACCAAGAUGGCGGAUGACAAACUGAAUGUUGACAACAUUAUAUCUCGGCUGCUAGAAGUGAAGGGCGCCAAAAGCCAGAAAUCAGUAAUGUUGACAGAAAACGAAGUUCGGUCACUUUGUCUAAAGUCACGUGAGGUAUACCUCUCUCAACCAAUGCUUCUAGAGCUGGAAUCACCCCUGAAGGUAGUUGGAGACAUCCAUGGACAGUAUUACGACCUUCUGAGAUGGUUUGAUUCGGCCGGGUAUCCCCCAGACUCCAACUACCUGUUCCUGGGCGAUUAUGUAGAUCGCGGCAAGCAUAGUCUGGAGACCAUUUGUUUGAUGAUGGCCUACAAGAUUAAACAUCCGGAGAACUUUUUCAUGUUGCGUGGGAACCAUGAGUGUGCCUCGAUCAACCGUAUCUACGGGUUCUAUGAUGACUGCAAGAGGCGAUACAGCAUCAAACUGUGGAAGACAUUUACAGAUGUGUUCAAUUGUUUUCCGGUGGCAGCAGUUAUCGAGGAGAAGAUCUUCUGCUGUCAUGGUGGUAUCAGUCCGGACCUGCGCAAUUUCGACCAGAUCAGAGAAAUAGAAAGACCAAUUGAUGUACCGGAUAAAGGGUUGAUCUGCGAUCUGCUGUGGGCCGAUCCAGACAAGGAGACGGUCGGUUGGGCGCAGAACCAGAGGGGCGUGUCCUACACGUUUGGAGCCGAGGUGGUCAACAAAUUCCUUCAGGACCACGACCUCGAUCUCAUCUGCCGCGCCCACCAAGUGGUCGAGGACGGCUACGAGUUCUUCGCCAAAAGGCAGGUGGUCACUAUCUUCUCGGCUCCAAACUACUGCGGCGAAUUCGACAAUUCGGGAGGUAUGAUGGUUGUUGACGAGAAUCUGAUGUGCUCGUUCAAAAUUUUGAAACCGAAAAUCUCGUCUGGCGCCCAGAAAUCGAAGUGGAGUCGGGUUUAAGAGAUGCUUUUUCAAAAAAUAUAUUUGUAAUUUUGAUUAUGACAAUUAUAAACACAUUUAAUAAAGUAUGAUUUCAUUUUUUCA